AUGGAGAAAAUUACAGAAAAGAUUGCGGCAUUGCCGCCAGACACCAAUUACUUUUCCCUCGAAUUCUUUCCACCAAAGACCUCAAUGGGUUCCUCGAAUCUACGCGCUCGUCUCGAUCGAAUGUCUCGAGCAUUAAGGCCUCUAUUCGUCACCGUUACUUGGGGAGCCGGUGGAUCUACUGCGACCAAGUCAUUGGAGCUCGCGGAGUUAUGCCAGAGAGAUCUAGGACUCACAACGUGUCUACAUUUAACCUGCACAAACAUGAGUCGAGCAUUGGUGGAUCAAGCAUUGGAAGAUGCGAAAGCUUUGGGAAUUAGAAAUAUAUUGGCUUUGAGAGGUGAUCCGCCGAGGAGUGACGAAUAUCGUGCUGUGGAUGAGAAGAAUGGUGAUUUACCUGCCAUGGACUGGGAGUUUGAAUGGGCAAUUGAUUUGGUACGAUACAUUAGAAAACAAUAUGGGGAUUACUUUUGCGUGGGAGUGGCGGCGUAUCCAGAAGGUCAUGCAGAUGAAGGACAUCCAGAAGGACAGAGCCUCGAACAUGAUUUGCCUUACUUGGUUGAAAAAGUUCAAGCGGGCGCGGAUUUCAUCAUGACUCAAUUAUUCUUCGAUGUGGAUGCAUACGAUACAUUUGAACAAAGGUUACGAGAUCACCCAAGUGGAGCAUUCAAAACCAUUCCAAUCAUACCCGGUAUGAUGCCAAUACAGAGUUACCAAAUGAUCAAGCGAACUACGAAACUUAGCCAUGCGAAACUACCUACGAAUAUUAUAAGAAGAUUGGAUGAAGUUAGAGGUGAUGAUGAGAUGGUGAAGAAAGUAGGAGUGGAUAUUUUGAGUGAAAUGGUUGAACAUUUGAAAAGUACAAAAUCACAGUAUUCUGGUCCUCGAGGUUUUCAUUUCUAUACUCUUAAUUUGGAAAAAGCAGUAUCCUUCAUCUUGGAACGAACCGAACUCAUUCCGGAUGCUGAAACUGUUGCGGCUUUGGAACCAGAAUACGUUCCUACUAUUCCUGAUAUCGCAGAUUUGUUGUCUAUUCACAGUGGUUCUCACAGACGUAGUUCGAGACGUCGAUCAUCGGUUGGAUCUGAUCCUUACAACCGUAUCAUAAUUACCGCACCACAAACCUCAAAUCCUAGUUUUGAAGCUACAGCACUAGAAGCUGGUGUUCCAGCUGAGGCGGUUAAUUCUCGAGCCAAUACUCUUGCAAUAAGUGAAGGGGAAGGUAGUCUUGGUCGAGAAGCCACAUGGGAUGACUUUCCUAAUGGUCGCUGGGGUGAUGCUCGUUCUCCUGCUUAUGGAGAAAUUGAUGGAUAUGGUGUUUCACUUCACAUGUCUAUCAAUCAAGCUAUCAAAUUAUGGGGUCAUCCGAGUUCCAGAGCUGAUAUUACCGAUAUCUUCAUUCGUCACUUAGAAGGUCAACUCACUGCCAUUCCUUGGAGUGAAGAAGGUCUUAAUGAAGAAACCAACUCUAUCAAAAAACAACUCCUCAGUCUGAAUAAGAAAGGUUGGUGGACAGUGGCUUCUCAACCAGCUGUCAAUGGAGUCAAAUCCACCGAUUCAAUCUUUGGAUGGGGACCUAAAAAUGGUUUCGUUUUUCAAAAAGCUUUUGUAGAACUUUUCCUCCCUACUUCGGAUUGGGAAGCCCUCCAAGCUAAACUUACAUCCCCUGCUCUUCGUGAUACCGUCUCCUUCUACGCCUCAAAUGCCAAAGGAGAUUUUAUAUCUAGUGAUGAAGCAAUAGGAAGUACAAACGCAGUUACAUGGGGAGCAUUCCCAGGAAAAGAAAUCAUCACCCCAACGAUCAUUGAAGAAGUUAGUUUUAGAGCUUGGGCUGAAGAAGCUUUUGGUAUUUGGGGUGAAUGGGCUAGGGUUUAUGGAAAGGAUAGUGAGACGAGGAAGGUUAUUGAUGGUAUUAAAGAGGAUGUUUGGCUGGUUAAUGUUAUUCAUCAUGCUUAUGUUGAAGGUGAGGGUUUAUGGGAUGUUCUUUUGAAUUGA